AUACAAAGUGACUCUUCAGAAGUACCCUAAAAUGAGAAAAGCUUAAGGGCAAGUUGUGCUGUUGCUGGUGUAAAUGACUGCUGCUGCCUCCCAGAGCAAGAUAACCUGCUCAGUCAGCUGGAGCCCCCUGCGGACAGCUGUCUCGCUUUUAGCUGAUGGAAAAGUGCUAUAACCGCUGAAUGGAAGAGCGUGGAGCAGCAACCAUACAAGCAGGAGUAGCCGCCGCCGCCGCAGCAGCAAGAGCAAGCGAGGAGGACUCUAUUGUUCCCUGGUGUUAAACAGUUUUUCCUUUUCAACUGCCAUGCACAAUAGCAGAAGAGAGGUUUCCAAUCCCUUUCUCCCCAUGAAGAAAUUCUGAAGAGGGGAGUAUUAUUUGAAGAAGGUUUCGUGGUCGUGCUGCGGGUUUUGGAGGCAGCAGCAGGCUGCUGGAGGCAUGGGGUUGAGUGAGGGGAGCGCUCCUUUCUGCCGUGGUCCAGGGGUUUUUGCCGUGCCAGCCCGGUGCGUGGGAGUUCUCAUGCUUCUGCUGCUGGGAAUCUGGGACGCUCGUGCACAAAGUGAAUUUCAAACUUCAUCAGUGUAUUUGUGGAAGACCGGUCCAUGGGGGAGAUGCAUGGGAGAUGACUGUGGUCCCGGAGGCAUCCAGACGCGAGCGGUGUGGUGCGCCCAUGUGGAGGGCUGGACCACCCUGCCCACAAACUGCAAGCAGCCAGAGCGACCGGACAACCAGCAGAGCUGUUUUCGGGUCUGCGACUGGCACAAGGAGCUGUACGACUGGCAGAUUGGCAGCUGGAACCAGUGCCGGCCUGUCCUCUCCCGCAGCCACGAGAAGCCCCUGGAGUGCCUCAGAGGGGAGGAAGGGAUCCAGACAAGGGACAUCACCUGUAUACAGAAGUCCAAUGGGGUUCCAGCUGAGGAUGUCAUCUGCGAGUACUUCGAGCCGAAGCCCCGGCAGGAGCAGGCAUGUCUCAUCCCAUGCCGGCAGGACUGCAUCGUGGCCGAAUUCUCCCCCUGGUCGGAAUGCUCGAAGACCUGUGGCAACGGGCUUCAGCAUCGAACUCGGCACGUUGUAGCUCCACCGCAGUUCGGUGGGUCUGCUUGUCCCAACCUCACCGAAUUUCAAAUCUGUCAGUCUAGCCCUUGCACUGUUGAAGAAAGCCUGUAUAGUCUAAACGUGGGACCCUGGAGCUCAUGCUCAGUGCCCCAUUCAAGACAAAUAAGGCAAGCAAGGAAACGAGGGAAGAACAAAGACAAGGAAAAGGACAGAGAAAAGGCAGUUCGAGAUCCUGAGGCUCGUGAGUUAAUUAAGAAGAAGAGGAAUCGUAACAGGCAGAAUAGACAGGAGAACAAAUAUUGGGACAUACAAAUUGGGUACCAAACAAGGCAGGUCACAUGUACUCACAGAAAUGGGAAAACUGCUGCUCUGAGCUUCUGCAAACAGGACAAGCUGCCCAUUACGUUUCAGUCCUGUGUGAUCACAAAGGAGUGCCAGGUGUCAGAGUGGUCAGAAUGGACCCCCUGCUCCAAAACCUGCUUUGACAUGACAACCCCUAAAGGGAAUCGUACAAGAUCACGGACCAUUAAGCAGCUCCCUGUUGGCAGUGAAAGCGAAUGCCCACAAUUAGAAGAAGCAGAGCAGUGUAUUUCCCAAGGAGAUGGCGUAGCACCGUGCAUUACGUAUGGUUGGCGGACCACAGAGUGGACAGAAUGCCGUGUCGAUCCUCUCCUUAGCCAACAGGACAAGAGGCGAGGAAACCAGACGGCGCUGUGCGGAGGUGGCAUUCAAACCAGAGAAAUGUACUGUGUGCAAGCUAAUGAAAAUCUCCUGUCCUACCUAAAUACCCUCAAGGAUAAAGAAGCUUCGAGGCCGGUGGACCGUAAACUGUGUACAGCGCCUCUUCCCAGCACCUCCCAGCUGUGCCAUAUUCCCUGUCCUACAGAAUGUGAGACCUCAGCAUGGUCAGCCUGGGGACCAUGCACCUAUGAAAGCUGUGACGACCCUCAGGCCAAGAAGGGCUUUAAACUAAGGAAACGUCGCAUCACCAAUGAGCCUACAGGAGGAACAGGAAACUGCCCUCACUUGCUAGAAGCCAUCCCAUGUGAAGAGCCCUCAUGCUAUGACUGGAGAAUCACAGGGCUGGAGGAAUGCAUUCCCGACAAUGAAAAGCCAUGUGGCCCUGGUACACAGGUUCCUGUUGUUGUCUGUGUCAACAGUGAUGGAGAAGAGGUUGACAGACAGCUGUGUAGAGACGCUAUCUACCCAAUCCCGGUCGCCUGUGAAGCUCCGUGCCCAAAGGACUGUGUGCUCAGCAUGUGGUCUGCAUGGUCCUCCUGCUCACACACCUGCUCCGGCAAAACCACAGAAGGGAAGCAGAUGCGUGCCCGCUCCAUUCUGGCGUACGCAGGUGAAGGAGGAAUACAGUGCCCAAAUAUCAGUGCCCUGCAGGAAAUGCGCAGCUGUAACGAGCACUCUUGCACUGUGUAUCACUGGCAAACCGGCCCGUGGGGACAGUGCAUUGAGGACACGUCUGUCUCUGCUUUCAACUCCUCUGCCAGCUGGAACGGGGAGGCCACCUGUUCCGUGGGGAUGCAGACAAGAAAGGUCAUCUGCGUGAGAGUCAAUGUGGGACAAGUGGGCCCAAAAAAAUGCCCUGAAAGCCUUCGACCUGAAACUGUGAGACCUUGUCUGCUUCCCUGUAGGAAGGACUGUAUUGUGACUCCAUUCAGUGACUGGACAAUGUGUCCUUCUUCAUGUCAAGAAGGGGGUGUCACAGUAAGGAAGCAAUCCCGUCACCGAGUCAUCAUCCAGCUCCCCGCCAACGGUGGUCGAGAGUGCCCAGACUCUUUGUUUGAGGAAAGGGAAUGUGAAGCUUCUCCUGUCUGCCAUAGCUACAGGUGGAAGACCCACAAAUGGCGCAGGUGCCAGCUCGUACCAUGGUAUGUGCGCCAAGACAGUCCGGGAGCACAUGAGACUUGUGGACCUGGGCUACAAGCAAGAGCAAUUACUUGUCGCAGACAAGACGGAGGACAAGCAGACAUCAGUGAGUGCCUUAAAUAUGCUGGCCCAUUACCAUCCUUAACACAGAUGUGCCAGAUUCCCUGCCAAGAUGAUUGUCAGUUUACGAACUGGUCAAAAUUUUCUCCCUGUAAUGGGGACUGUGGAGGAGUCAGGACAAGAAAACGCACUCUUGUUGGAAAAAGUAAGAAAAAGGAUAAAUGCAGAAAUUCUCAAUUGUAUCCUCUGAUUGAGAAUCAGUUUUGUCCGUGUGACAAGUACAGUGCUCAGCCUGUGGGAAAUUGGUCAGACUGUAUUUUACCAGAGGGUAAGAUGGAAGUAUUGCUAGGAAUGAAGGUACAAGGAGACAUUAAGGAAUGUGGACAAGGCUACCGUUACCAGGCCAUGGCAUGCUACGACCAAAACAAUCGACUUGUGGAAACGUCACGAUGCAACAGUCACGGGUACAUUGAGGAAGCCUGUAUUAUUCCUUGUCCCUCAGACUGCAAGCUCAGUGAGUGGUCCAACUGGUCUCGCUGUAGUAAAUCUUGUGGGAGCGGGGUAAAGGUUCGGUCUAAAUGGCUCCGUGAAAAACCCUACAAUGGUGGAAGACCCUGUCCAAAGCUAGAUCAUGUCAAUCAGGCUCAGGUGUAUGAGGUAGUGCCCUGCCACAGUGACUGCAGCCAAUACAUAUGGGUUACUGAGCCUUGGAGCGUCUGCAAAGUGACCAAUGUGGACUUAAAAGAGAAUUGUGGAGAAGGUGUUCAAACAAGGAAAGUCAGGUGCAUGUUAAACACUGUGGAUGGUCCUUCUGACACUGUAGAGGACUAUCUGUGUGAUCCUGAAGAGAUGCCACUUGGUGCUAGAAAAUGCACAUUGCCAUGUCCCGAGGACUGUGUUAUGUCUGAAUGGGGAUCAUGGUCUCAAUGUUCUUUGCCAUGCAAUGGAAGUAGUGUUCGUGAAAGGUCAGCUGAAUCCCUGAGACAACCAGAUGAUGGAAAGCCUUGUCCUGCUGCCACUGAGGCAGAAGCCUGCACUUUGAACAAGAACUGCUACCACUAUGACUACAAUGUGACAGACUGGAGCACAUGUCAGCUCAGCGAGAAGGCUGUCUGUGGUAAUGGUAUCAAAACUCGGAUGCUUGAUUGUGUUCGCAGUGAUGGCAAGUCAGUUGACCUGAAGUACUGUGAAGAGCUUGGUUUGGAAAAGACGUGGCAAAUGAAUAUGUCCUGUGUGGUGGAGUGUCCUGUGAACUGUCAGCUCUCUGACUGGUCCCCUUGGUCUGAGUGCUCUCAAACAUGUGGCCUUACAGGAAAAAUGAUCAGAAGAAGGACCAUAAAUCAGCCAUUUCAGGGUGAUGGGAGGCCUUGUCCCUCUCAGAUGGAGCAGUUCAAACCCUGUCCAGUAAAACCUUGUUAUCGAUGGCAAUAUGGUCAAUGGUCUCCAUGCAAAGUAGAGGAUGCUCAAUGUGGAGAGGGAACACGAGUGAGGAACAUUUCCUGUGUGGUUUAUGAUGGAUCCCUUGAAGAUGUUGGUAAAGUAGUAGAUGAGGAAUUCUGUGGAGAAAUAGAGCCUAUUAUAGACGGUGAUAAGAAGAUGAUACUUGAGGAAACCUGCACUGUCCCUUGUCCAGGGGACUGUUACUUGAGAGAAUGGUCAGAGUGGAGCCUUUGCCAGCUCACCUGUGUUAAUGGUGAGGAUCUCGGCUUUGGGGGAAUACAAGUCCGAUCUCGAGCAGUGAUCAUUCAGGACUUAGAGAAUCAACAUCUCUGUCCAGAGCAGGCUUUAGAAACAAGACCAUGCAACGAUGGCCAGUGUUAUGAAUACAAGUGGAUGGCUAGCCCAUGGAAGGGAUCCUCUCGGACCGUGUGGUGCCAAAGGUCAGAUGGUUUAAACGUCACAGGGGGCUGUUUAGUGAUGCGCCAACCAGAUGCUGACAGGUCAUGUAACCCACCGUGCAGCCAUCCCCACGCUUACUGCAGUGAGACUAGAACAUGCAGUUGUGAAGAUGGAUACACUGAAGUUAUGUCCUCCGAUGGCACACUCGAACAGUGCACUCUCAUCCCAGUGGUGGUGAUCCCCACCAUGGAGGACAAAAAGGGAGAUGUGAAAACCAGUCGAGCUGUGAACCCCACCCUGCCCUCCAGUAACCAGUCAGGACGAGGAAGGACCUGGUUUCUACAGCCUUUUGGGCCAGAUGGGAGGCUGAAGACCUGGGUUUAUGGUGUAGCUGCUGGUGCAUUUGUUUUACUCAUCUUUAUUGUUUCUAUGAUCUAUCUAGCCUGCAAAAAGCCAAAGAAGCCCCAGAGAAGGCAGAACAACCGACUGAAACCUUUAACCUUGGCUUAUGAUGGAGAUGCAGAUAUGUAAAAUAUAACUUCUCAUGGUGACAAAUGGAGUCCAAAUUAUUGGAUUGAAAUAAGAAGGUGUCCAAAGCCACAGGGAUUUUCUAUGGAGUGGAUUAAGUGUUUUGACUCUUUCUUUUUUUGUAAUUGCACCAUAGAUAAAGAAGGAUGGAUUUCAUAAUGCCUAUGGAUAUUCAAGGUAUUAUUGCUUUACUUUAGACCAUCAGCACUGAGAAAUCUGGCAGAAUCAAGUUAAUAGACACUGCAGUUGGAGAUCUCUGGUGUUUCCUCAAUCUCAGAAACUAUAAGCACCACUUCUGUCUCCAGAAGACUGUAGCUGACAUAGUAUUGAAAGUUGGAAGCCCUUGCAUCAUUAACCAAGUAUAAUCAGUACGCAUGAAGAGUUUGUACCAAGCUGUCUAUGACUCUUUAUAUUCAAGCAUAACAUAUAUACUCAGUUGAACCAUAUGUAUUACUCUAUCUGAUUAUAUACUUGUUAAAGAGCAUUUUAGUGCUUAGUACAAUAUUAACUUUUAACUGGGAUCAACCCACUGAGCAAGCUCAAGAGUUUGCCAGUUGAUGAUAACUUGUGUUAACCUGCAUUUCAGAGGGCAAUGACUCACUUGCAAAAUUCUGUCCUGUUACCACUCCAAAGUAUAAAGGCCUCAUGUGUACAUCCAGAAAGGAGGCAUUCUCAGAUUUAAUAUUUUCUAGUGGUUGCUGUCUGGAAAAAGAAUACCUGUUGUAAAUGUUACAAUACGUUUCUACUUUCUCUAACUCAAACUGUUGCCUGCAUCUUUUUUGCUACAUGUAAGGCAAAUUUUUGCACUAUAUUAGUGCAGCAUGAUAUGCACUUAACUAGUAUUGCCAUAGAAACUGCCUCUUUUCAGAAAGGAUAAUGAUGUAUCUUGUGCAAGGAGUGUCAAGUAGACAGGUCUUGAAUCCUGAAGAGAGUAGUGUUCGGUUUGGACUGUGACUGGAUGGAAUUGGCUAAUGACGUGUACUGUACACACCGUUCCUCAUCACAGCAGCCAUUUGUAGUCUACAUCAUGGCAGUAAUACAAGUGUCUAGUUUCUUGCCCCAUCUACCUAUACUGGUAUAGAUUGUCCUGCUGGUUUCUAAUUGUACUUUGAAGGCUGUUUAUGACUAGAUUUUUUAUAUUUGUUAACUUUGCUAGAAAAAGAAGAAAAGAAAAAGAAAAGUGGUUGCCCUGUAAUCCUGAGUGACAUACUUCUUGUCUAAAAAGCUGUUCUGAUUGUUCAACUGAAAUAAAAUGGUUUUGCUUUUCUUUCCUUUUGCUAGUGAAAGCUUUUUCACUGUUGCUGACAGUGAAAUACUCAGAGCCCUUUCAUCUUUUCUAAUUAGGAUAAUUGGAUAGACUCUUUUAAUUAGUUAAAUUCUUGAGUGUACUGGCAAGUAAACAAUAAGAUCAAUAGUUCUGCCAUUUUAAUACUUAUGAAUUUUAAAAAAAAUCUGGCAGUAUGAAAACUCACUGUUAACUUCUUCCAUGCUUAUAGCUUUUCAGUGUUACCGCUUCCAACAUGAAGGUCAUUGACUUGUAUCUACAUGCCUCUUACGGAUGUGAUCCAUGACCUGAGAAGGGUUAUUCUCCUCAAAUGGCUUCUAUGUGUAGCCUGAACAUACAAGUGACUGUGCCACUAGUAAGCAAUAGAAAACUCUAUCAGGCAACCUCUCAAAAAUAAUUCUUAUAUAAAGUUCAAUAUUAGGUUCUCAGGUCUUUUUUAUAACCUAAACCACUUCUGCCUACUUAUCAUGCUAUUUACUCAAGAAGCACUGGGUUUUGCACACUGAAUAAAACUGUAGCUUUGCAAACUUUGGCCCAGAUCAACAGAAAUCAAUGGCAAGAUUCUCAUGGACAUCAAUAGGUAACAUCAGUCCUUAAAAAUACACACUUUUUUUUCACGUAGAAUAAUUUCUGGAACCAACGAGCAUUUUGUGGAUGUUCAAGAGAGAUUAUGGUCCUACUUUAACUUAGCUAACAUAUUACCAGUGUGGCAUUACUGAAUCAAGAAAAUUACCUCCCUCCCACUAUGUAAGUAUUCCCCAAAUGGGAAGGAUGAGCAGAGGAACAAUAGUAGCAAUCUUUGUUACAGGUUUAAUUUCUCAUUUUAUACCUUGAUCCAGGCACAGAGGAUGAAGUUCCAUGGCCCCCUGCCACAGCAGUGGUUCACUCAUAUAGGUAUUUCAGGACUGGGGGCUUUACUCUUACAUGACUUUGUAAAGAUCCAUAGGAAAAAUACAAAUCUUGAUGAUUUUAAUUACCUUGGCGUUCUCGAGUAGAAAACAAGAAAAACCUGGUUGACUCCUCUGUUGUCAGACAUACAUGGAAAAGUUAUGAAGUUUUAAAGAACGAUAACUACAUGUGAAGAAAUAAAGUUUAAUAAUGUUUUCUGUACUUUUAAAAGUCUGGUUCUGUGUCAUCAAAUUGUUUUGGACCAAUAGGGCAUUGAGGGAACAGGGUUUCUUUCAUUGACAAUGAGUCAUCUUUAUUUAUUAUACAGGCUGGUCUUAGCAGGAGCUGUUGCCUAGUUCUUGCCUUGAAGAGUUUUAUGUCCUAAAUCUAAGCAUUUAAAAACUUGAAAUUAAAGGUAUGACAUCUCCUUUUUCUUACCAUAUAAAAUGGACAAACAAAGAAAGAGAUAGGAGGGUUUUUUAAGUAUGUUUGGUCUUUGCAAUCCAUGCAAGUAUUUUAGUAUGCGUUACAUUUUAUAUCUGAUCAGUGAAUAUCUGGUGCGCGUCUGCAUCAUACUAGUGCUGCAUUUAAAAUCUAGAGUGCAUUUUUAUUAUUAUUUUUUCUAUGAACAAAGUGCAUGGAGAUUUGAAGCCAGAAUGGCUUCCCUCAUUAUCAAGAAAAAAAUAUUAGGCUGUAAGGAGGGCAGAAAUUGUAUGUAAAGCUAAAAGUUGCUAAGGUGAUUAAGCCCUCUAGCAUUGAAACAGAAAUAAAUAAUAGGUGAAUUAUCAGUAUGGAAUAAAAAGCAAUUUGCUUUAAAAAUCAGAGUGCUUCUACAAAUCCAGUGCCUAAAGCAGCCACUACUGUAGAUUAUUAGUUUGUGAAAGUAAUGUUUCCAGUGAUCAAAUAAACCAUUCAGAAAAUAGCAAAGUAGACAUUUCCCUGUUGAUGUGGUGGUUUGUAUUUUCCUUUUUAAAACUGUAGUUUCUAGAUUACUGUGUCUGCUUUGAGUCCUGGAGCAGUUCCUUUUUGAAGCUUUGAUGCAACUGCACAAGCUUGUUUAUAUUUGGUAUAAAGUAUCAAUUUUGAAACCCCCUUCCUCCUGUCAAAAUGUAAUAAAGUUUUUUUUCCAAUAUUACAAUUUGAAGAGACCAACUUAAAAAUUCUAUGUGUAAAUCACUGUAAAAUAUACCUUGAAUUAAAUGGAAAUCUGUCUUUUUACCUUUAUGUAAAUUGUACUCACCCAAAGUUAAGAGUUUAUUUUGCCUAAUUUAAUUUACUUGAAUAUUUAUUUUGUAGAACAAGGAGGCAGCUGUCUGAGGAAUGUUUACCUUUUUUUUUGUUAAUGUUAAUUUGUAAAUUGUGUAAUGCAUUUUUAUUUUUUAAAUUAUGUACAUUUCUUUUUUAAUGCACAAAAUGUUUACGUACAACUACUACUGCAAAUUUGUGUAUAUUGUCACUAAGCUUUAUUCAGUUAAUACAGAUGAUGUGAAAAUGUAACAAGUCUUACAUUUUCAUCUGGGUUAUUUUUACAUAACUGAUGUAUUGCUGACAAUAAAUAUAAACACAAAAUCA